UAAGUACCUUGUCACGCUCUCGCGAUUUUUAAAUUUCUCGCUGAUAGAGACAACUGGUUUUAAUGCAAGCGUUUUUGAUUGCUCUGAAACCUGAGACGUCUAUUGUUUAAGUACUUCCAGCUGCGCAACAAGUACGGGAUCCCGAUCGACUGUAAUCUGAAUGUUCACACUCCCUGCCGACUGCCGCUAUAUGUCGCAAAAACGGCAAAGUACAGCACAAUCAUCGGAUGCGGAAGGUAGCACGAAGAUGGCGAAGCUUGGCGACUAUGCAAAGAAUCUGCUGCUGUGUGAAGACACCAGCGAUGUUCGGUUCCGAGUAGGACGUGAUUAUGGCGCUGUGAAGAUUUUUCCUGCCCAUAGGGUCAUAAUGGGUCGCAGUCCUGUAUUCCAUACCAUGUUCUAUGGAAGUCUGCCCGAUAAGCGCAAAGCACCCAUCAGCAUUCCCGACGUUCUUCCCGAAGCCUUUUCUAACAUGCUCAGUUUUAUCUACACCGAUGCCGUUCAGACCCUCACCAAGGAUAACGUUUUCCCCACGUUGGGCUGCGCGGACAAGUACGAUCUGCCAUUACUGGUUGCCAUGUGUACUGAUUUCGUCCUGAAGGAUCUCACAAUCAGCAAUUGCCUGGAUAUUCUGGAUGACGCGGUUCACUACGAUAGUGUGGCGCCGAGUAUCCUGGAGGAGUGUUUAUACCUCAUUGAUGAAUCACCGAAGUUAAUUUGGGAAUCGGAGCAGUUCAGUGCGAUUGGACACGAGGCACUGCGCACUAUUCUGCAGCGGGAUACGUUGACCGCCAGUGAAGAUAGAAUUUGGUUGUCGGUGGAUAAGUGGGCUGAGAACAUGUGCACACGAAGGAACUUGGACUCUUCUGCCGCCAGUCGGCGUGAGAUAUUGGGCCAGACGCUGUUUCUUAUUCGUUUUCCCCUCUUGACUAGUGGUGAGCUGCUGGAUGGGCCUGUCAAGAGGGGUUUGUUGCUGAAAUCGGAAGAACGGGACAUCUUCCACCACAAGAACGCCGCAAUCAAACCGCAGCUACCGUUCCGUACGGACCCCCGACAAAAUGUUCGGGCUGUGGGUGUCAUUAACUUCACCAUUCCGGAUGUCCGGAAGGUGGUUCCGGGGGAACCGUAUGCGCCCAGCGAUCGCAUUACACUUAGGAACCUGCUCUGGUGCAUCUACGUCAAGAACGAUACAGACAGUGCACCGACGGCUUUUGGCUUCUACUUGUGGUGUUACAACCCUCCCAAGUCGGCAACUUGGAACUGUCAAGUUCAUGCAGAACUGCGCCUCCUGCCAUGGAAAGCUGGAACUGCACCGAUCAAGAAAACGUUUUCCCGCCUGUAUUGCAAGCAAACUUCUCGCUGGGGAUUGCUGAAAUAUAUCUUUAUGGAGGAAUUAUUGGAUCCGGCGAACGGCUACGUCAACCCUGCUGACUUCUCCUUAACACUGCAGAUUGAAAUGACUGCUGAACUGCCUACUGGAAUGAUGUGAAACAGUGACCCACAUACAUGUUAAAUGGAUUGGUUUUUUUUAAUUGUUCCGGUUUCCUCGCGUUCCCAGCAAUGGUGUUAUCAUUUUCGUAAUGUGGGCGUAUUCUUGAACCAGUUCUUCCUGCCAGACUUUUGGUUGCCCAGAACCGUUUAUUAGCUGAUUAGACACUGGAUGUUGUAGUCGCUGAGUAGAUAAAAAUAAGUUUGAGUUUUAGAUUUGUUGCGUUUUUGAACGCGUACAGAGUACUUUGGUACAGAGUGUUUUCUGUUUGUUGUUGUUGUUGUUAUAUAGUGUGCAGAUAUGAUUCCAGAUUUCUCUAUGUUUCAGUUAUCACGCGGGAAGAGGCUUUACUACCAUAACAUAUUUCAUAUUAUGACUGACCUUCCGCAGUUGUUACUUGUUAGUCAAAUAACUUAACGUAACAGA